UCGCCAGUCGCCGCCGCGCGCGCCUCGGAAUCUGGGGACUCGAGAGCCUGCGAGAGCCAGUCUCAGCCAGACCCCAGGGAGAGCGCGGGGCUGCGGCACCCCGCCCCGCCCGCCACACCUGGGAGCGGUGAGGACCGGGAGAGGCGGGGCGCGGCAGGAGGCUGGCCCGGUGCCUGAGCAGCGCCGCCGAAAGCCGGCCGGACUGGAGCGGGGCGAAGGGGGAGGGUCUCGAGGCCGAGUCCAGCUCCUCCGAGGGAGGGACCCCAGCUGGGGUGGAAAACCUGCACGGGGGAGCCGCAGAGACGCGCCGCGCUGAUCAUGGAGUGGGCCGGCCCCGGCUCCGCGCGGCCGCAGCAGCAGUGGGACCAGGAAUCGGUCGAAGCGUGGCUGGACGAUCACUGGGACUUUACCUUCUCUUACUUUGUUAGGAAAGGCACCAGAGAAAUGGUCAAUGCAUGGUUUGCUGAGAGAGUUCACACCAUCCCUGUGUGCAAGGAAGGCGUCAGAGGCCACACGGAAGCUUGCUCUUGCCCCUCGCAGCAGAGUCCCCGUGCAGAGAGCAGCGUCCCUGGAACACCAACCAGGAAAAUCUCCGCCUCCGAAUUUGAUCUGCCUCUUAGACCCAUUGUCGUCAAGGAUUCUGAGGGAACUGUGAGCUUCCUCUCUGACUCAGAAAAGAAGGAACAGAUGCCUCUAACCCCCCCAAGGUUUGAUAGUGAUGAAGGGGACCAGUGCUCAAGACUCUUGGAAUUAGUGAAAGAUAUUUCUAGUCACUUGGAUGUCACAGCCUUAUGUCACAAAAUUUUCUUGCACAUCCAUGGACUCAUCUCCGCUGACCGCUAUUCCCUGUUCCUUGUCUGUGAGGACAGCUCCAACGACAAGUUUCUUAUCAGCCGCCUCUUUGAUGUUGCAGAAGGUUCAACACUGGAAGAAGCUUCAAAUAACUGUAUCCGCUUAGAGUGGAACAAAGGCAUCGUGGGACAUGUGGCUGCUCUUGGUGAGCCCUUGAACAUCAAAGAUGCAUAUGAGGAUCCUCGGUUCAAUGCAGAAGUUGACCAAAUUACAGGCUACAAGACACAAAGUAUUCUUUGUAUGCCAAUUAAGAAUCAUAGGGAAGAGAAUGGUUAUACAAGUGUUCAGUUCAGAAAUUGGUGGUAGUCAUCUCAAAUAUUGAAAGUGGGGAGGUCCUUGAAAGAUGGCAGUUUGAUAUUGAGUGUGACAAGACUGCAAAAGAUGACAG